UUUUUUUUUCGCUUUCUUAUAUGUCUCAACAAGAAGAAGUGCCUGACGGAAAGAUAACUUAUGACUGGAGUCCACCUUCAGGUCAAAGACAAGACUUCUUCUAUAAAGGCUCUUCUAUCAGUCGUGAACAAGUUCGAAAAAUGUUUGACAACUCCAAGAUAAGAGAGUGUAAAGGACAUAAAGAAAAGGUUCAUACAGUUGCUUGGAACUGCGACGGUAGAAAACUAGCCUCAGGCUCUGUAGAUAAAACAGCCCGUGUUUGGUCACCACACAGAGGAACAGACAUAAGAUAUUCAAUAGAACUAAAAGGGCAUUCAGAUAGCGUUGAUCAGCUUGAUUGGGAUCCAACUCAUCCUGAUAGACUAGCCACAGCUUCUUGUGAUAAAACAGUGCGAUUAUGGGAUCAACGAUCUGGUAAAUGUACAGCAGUGAUUCAGACGGAUGGAGAGAAUAUCAAUAUUUGUUGGAGUCCAGACGGGAACAACAUUGCAGUAGGCGAUAAAAACGAUACCAUUAGCAUCAUUGACACACGAACUCAUAAAAUCAGCGAUAAACGCAAACAUCCAGUUGAAGUAAAUGAAAUUGCUUGGAAUAAUGCAAACAAUCAAUUCUUCGUUACAACAGGACAAGGCACCAUCAAAGUAUAUGAUUACCCUUCAUUUGAACUAAAAACCAAUCUGCGUGGACAUACAGCCAAUUGCUAUUGUGUAGAAGCUGAUCCAACCAGUAAAUAUGUAGCUGUAGGUUCAGCAGACGCUAUUGUUUCUUUAUGGGAUACUCGUACAUUUCAAUGCGUUCGAGCAUUUCAAGAACUCACUUGGCCGGUUAGAACACUUUCCUUUAGUUUUGAUGGACAAUAUAUUGCAUCAGCUUCAGAAGAUCAUUUUAUUGAUGUUUCUCAUGUAGAAAGUGGUGAGUCUGUCCAUCAUGUUGAAUGUUCAGCAGCCAUGAACACAGUUGCUUGGUCACCCCGAGAUUAUUAUCUUGCCUAUGCUGGUGAUGAAACUGCUUCCGAUGGUAAAUACGCAGGCAAUCUCAAAAUAUUCAGCAUGAAAGAUCCUAGAGAUCAAAAAUAAAUAUU